CCUAGUCCCUCCCUCGCUUCCCUCCUUUCCUCCCUGCCCACCUCAAGAACAGCGAAGGAGUAUGGCCUUGAAGUCGACAUGUUGCCCAGAAGCAGCUUGCAAUCUUGAGCUCUCCGACACAACGCCACCCACAUGGCCGUGGUUUGCGGUGAUCAUGAUCGCACCAUGUACUUGGCAUCGUUCAUCGCUUCUUAUUCGAGCCAGCUGGAGGUGUGCGGUUCUGCGUCCAAGGGGUCAUUCCUUCGCCUGACGCAGCCCUGCACAAAGGGAAGUGUCCUGCUCUCAGUGCCCAUGUCGUCGUGCCUCUGCUCGUGGGACGUGAGCGACAAAGCCCUGGAGGCCUUGCAUCCUGAGCCCAUGGCGCCCCUCAGACUGGCAUUGCUGACUGCCGGCUAUUCGCGAACGGAGUACUUCUCGCGGGCCGCGCCGCUCGAGGUCUUCAGCUGCCACAUGGCCAGUUGGCCAGACGCCUCGGUCGCGGCGGAGUGGGCGGGGCCCAGCCUGGCGUGGCGCCGCGUGGGCGGCUGGCGCCAGGAGCUGCGGAGGGAGUGGCAGCGGCUCCGCCAGGCAUCUUUGGGCAGCGCUGGUGGUGCAAACGCGCGCCCUUGGCGGGAGCGGGGAGAACCUCACUCUUUGCCCGGGCAUCGAUCUUUGCAAUCACGUGUCCGUGGGACAAACUGCUCGGGUCAAGAUUCAAGAGCAUGCUGUUGAGCUUGUGGCCGAGUACAGCAUGGAAGCGGGGCAGGAGGUGACCAUAAACUAUGGGCCGGAUGCAGAUUUCUUGGAUCUGUUCGAGGCCUUUGGCUUCUUCGAUUCCACUAGCGUCAUCCACACGGUCGAGGUGGAGAUCCCACUCAGCACCAUGUUGUCAGACCAGGAGUGGCGGAGGGACAUCAUCAUGGCCGCGGCAGAGCAAGGCUACGAUGAGGUCUUUGAGGCCUGGUGGGUGCCCGACUUCGCUGUCACCGGCUGCCCGCUUUGGGUCGCUGCCCGGGCAAUGUUUGUGGACCAGAAGGAGCUGCCCCAGGGCUCGCUGGAAGAGCAGAGGCUGGCGCUGAAACGCCCCAUCCGCCGGGAGAUUGAUGUGAGAGCCUGGCUGGCGCAGAUCCUCCGGCAGCAGCUGGAGAGGUACCCGGACUUGGGCAAAGGGCAGUCGGAGCCGGGGUCACCAGAGGCGGCUGCCAGGAAUCUGGUCGAGUUUGAGACGGGGCUGCUGAGGACGCAUCUUACCAUGCUUG